AGAAUGGCUCCAAAGCAGCGUAUGGCCGUCGCAAACGCGCAAUUCAGCAAAAACGUCACUCAACGUGGAAAUGUGCCGAAGGGAAAUAAAACAAACGAAUCGAAGUUUCCAACUUCCCAAUGGCUCAUUGGACUCUUCAUCUUCGUUGUUUGUGGUUCCGCCAUCUUCGAAGUCAUCCGCUACAUCAAAGUUUGAGUGAAUCCCCGUCUAGUGGCCCCCCUGCACAUUCAUUCCCAAAAGCCCAUGUAAAUUAAUUUUAAUAAAUGGCAAAUAAUUU